AUGGAGAAGAUCUCCGUCGCCGUCCGCUUCCGCCCUUCCAACCUGGUGGCCGCAGACCCCUCCCCGGACGGCGCCGGCGGUGUCGGCGACCGCGAGUGGCGUAUCGACGACACCCGCGUUUCCCUCCUCCACCGCGUCGCCGGCCCCGUACCUGGUGCCUCCUUCGCCUUCGACCACGUGUUCGACGGUGCGGCGACCAACGAGCGGAUCUACGGCGCGCUCGUCCGGGAACUCAUCGGCGCCGUCGUCGGCGGGUUCAACGGCACCGCCUUCGCCUACGGCCAGACCAGCAGCGGGAAGACGUUCACCAUGAACGGCUCCAACGCCGACCCCGGCAUCAUUCCCCGCGCGGUCCGCGAUGUCUUCGACACCGUGCGCCAGGCCGACGACCGCGAGUUCCUCAUCCGGGUGUCCUACAUGGAGAUCUACAACGAGGAGAUCAACGAUCUCUUGACAAUUGAGGGCCAAAAGCUGCGGAUUCAUGAGAGCUUAGAGCGUGGAGUCUAUGUGGCCGGUUUGCGGGAGGAGAUCGUGAACAGCGCAGAGCAAGUGUUUGAGCUGCUCCAGCUUGGAGAAGCGAACAGGCAUUUUGGAGAGACCAACAUGAAUGUGCGGAGCAGUCGGUCACACACUAUUUUCAGAAUGGUAAUUGAGAGCAGUGGUAAGGACCAGACAGACUGUGGGGAUGCUAUCCGCGUAUCUGUUUUGAAUUUGGUGGACCUUGCUGGGUCUGAAAGAAUCAUGAAGACAGGGGCAGAAGGGGUACGUUUGAAUGAGGGGAAGUAUAUUAACAAGAGCUUGAUGAUUCUUGGGAAUGUCAUCAAGAAGUUGAGUGAGAAUGGAAAACAAAGAGGGCACAUUCCCUAUCGUGAUAGUAAGUUGACACGCAUUCUCCAACCUGCACUUGGAGGCAACGCAAAGACAUCUAUCAUCUGCACUGCUGCUCCUGAAGAGAUUCACAUUGAGGAAACUAGAGGAACUCUUCAGUUCGCAAGUAGAGCAAAAUGUAUAAGCAAUUGUGCCCAAGUAAAUGAGAUUCUAACUGAUGCUGCUUUGCUGAAGAGGCAAAAGUUGGAAAUAGAAGAACUUCGUAAAAAACUGCAGGGUUCCCAUUCUGAAGGGUUGGAGCAGGUUGUACUAAAACUACGGAAUGACAUGCACAAGUCUGAACUUGAGCGUGAUCGACUGGCUAUGGAACUUGAAGACGAAAGAAAGUUACGAAUGACUCUAGAACAACAUUUGACUGAGCAACAGAAGAAGCUAGAGGCCAUAUCGUCAGACCACUUUACCGAUUCAAUCCAGCUGGAUGCUCUGAAAACUCCAGAUUCGAAGUCUGUACCAGAUGGCUUUGUUGCAUGUCGCUCACGUUAUUCACAAGAUGUUGAGUUCAGCCCAAUACCUGAAGAUUUGGAUAAUAUCGCUCACGAAGAUCUAUGGACACAUCUGAACAAAGGUUGCGUUACUGAUCUUGACAUGCUUGAGAUGACACCUGGUCUCAAACGUGAGGCAUCCUUUAUACAAGAUACAACAUCAGCUGUGCCAUUGGAUGAACCUACUGAUACCAGAUGCCAGAGGUUAGAAAAGGAGUGCAUCUCUGAUCGGCAAAAGCUUGAGGAAUCAAAGGCAAGAUGCUCCACUCUCGAGAAAGAGUGUGACGUGCUGAGGGACGAGAACUUGUCCCUGCAACAGGAGCUCUCCGAGUCCAAGCGGGAGGCUGACAGCCUCUUGGCCGAGAAGCAGGCGCAGCUGGAUGACUUGAGGGCGAAGUGUGCAGCGCUCGAGAAGGAUCUCUACACCACCAGGCAGGAGGCCCACCGCCUCGCCACUGAGAAGCAGGAGCUGGCUGGGGAGCUGGGCACAGAGAGGCAGAAGUUGGAUGAGCUGAAGCAGGAUAUCCGGGUGAUCAGCCGCGGCUUCUUGCAGCGGGAAGGGCAGCUCACGUCGCUCUACACCAAGUCCAAGGCCAUCCUGGAGAACUGCAAGACCUCCCAGAUCAUGAUCAUGAGUUUGUGUGUUGGGUCUCUGUUAUGUGAAAAAGUUCAGUGGAAUAUCGGCAGGCUGCGUUUGCCAUUAGUUUUCUGUGAGCUUCAAAUAUUGUAUGACCUGUGA